AUGAGCAGUAAGAAGUGGGUAACCAGAGCUGCGCCAAGGAAGUCCUUCCCCAGAGCCAAGCCAUGGGCCCCUGCCGGGAAGCCCGGAGAGAGUCGCCAGCCGCAGAGGGAGACCGGCCCGCCGGCCACGGGGCGCGCGUCCCCCGAGCGCCCGGAGGCUCCUGCAGGGCCAACCAUGGAGGACCGAGCAGCCACCAUCAUCCAGUGUGCCUUCCGGAAACUCCUGGCGAGAAAGGAGCUGGCCCGCCGUCAGCAGGAGCACCAGGACUACCAGGAGCUGAUGGAGAAGCUGCAGAGGGAGGCCUUCGUGGCCCAGGUUCGGCGUGAGCAGGAGGCGGCCCGGCGACGGCAGGAAGAAGAGGCUGCGGCCGAGCGGCGGCGGCAGGAGGAGCGGCUGCGCGGGGCGCGCCUGCUGGAGGCGGCCUUCGACGGGAACCUGGGCGAGAUCCAGGCGGUCCUGCAGGAGGUGGACGAGCUGCUGACCCGCGAGGGCGUGGGCUGCGACGCUGCGGGGAUGGCGCGGCGGCUGCAGUGGCGCUUGGCCCUGGUGGACUUUGAGGACGGCGGUGGGAACACGCCACUGUCCGAGGCGGCGGCGGGCGGGCAGUCCCUGGCUAUCCAGCUGCUGGCCGAACAGGGCGCCAGUCCCAACAGCAAGGGCGCCUUCGGCCGGACCCCACUGUACCGAGCGGCCUUUGGGGGCUACCUGGAAGCCGUGGAGGUGCUUCUGAAGCUCGGAGCUGACCCCCGGAUAUAUGCGGACGACGGGAGCACCCCCGAGCAGGUGGCCUCGCUGGACACGGUGGUCAGCGUGCUGCAGUCGUGGGACCUGAGCCUCACAGACACCAUGCUCCGGAACAUGGAGGCUGAGCGGGAGCGCCGGGCACGGGAGGCCGCACGGCACAAGGAGGCGGAGGCCCAACGGUGCGGCGAGUGGGAGGCGGGGGGCUGGCCUGGGGCUGCUCUGACCGCCCCCCUCCACCACAGCAUGAACCUCAAAGUACAGCAGCUGGCCAAGAAGCAGCAGCAAUGUCACCAGCAGCUGCAGCAGGCCUACUGUGAGCUCAACCGGAGGAUCGCGGAGCAUGACAAGUGUGAGCGGAGGGGCGCGGGCCUGGCCGAACUCACACUGCAGGCCAUCAAGGAUGCAGAGGAGCAAGUGGACAGGCUCCAGCAGGAGGCCCAGAAGGCAGAGGAGGCGCUGGCCCUGGCCAGGCUGGAGCUGCGGGAGCAGACCCAGGAGGCGGAGGAGGAGGUGCCCGGGCUGAAGUGCCAGGUCAAUGAGCUCCACGAUGUGCUGAUGAAGGACGUGGGUGACCGCAUCCGCAGAGACGGCAGGUGGCCUCUUGUCAUCGACCCUUCGGGCCAGGCGGCCACCUUCCUGCGCUAUCAGGACACCAACUAUGUGGACGCCGUGAACCCCAACCACCUGCGGCCAGAGAGGAUCCGGCUGGCCCUGCUGGGGGCGCUCAGGUUCGGGAAGCCGCUGGUGUUUGACCUGCGCGAGGUGGAUCUGUUCCCGGCCGUGCAGCGGCAGCUGGAGGCGGUGCAGCCAGGCCUGGCGCAGGAGCUGCUGGGCCGCGGUCUGCUGGAGCAGGAGAGGUACCUGUCGCUGCUGCGGCCAACUGAUGGGCCCGAGUACUGCCCCAAUCAGUUCCAGGAGGCGCGCCUGCAGCACUUCCGCCUCUUCUUCGUCACCAAGGUUCGGUGGCCGCCGGCUGAGCAAAUGCAGGUCCUCCUGCCUGUGCGCGUGCAGCUGCCGGGCGGGGCCUCUAGUAGCCCUCUCCAAUAA